AUGGCGUCGGUAGGCCAGACAGCGGGCAGCAUGCGCUCCAGACAACAUGGCCAUCCCGACGAGAAGCCUUCUCUCUACACCGCCGGCACCCAUAUCGAUUCCAGCAGCGAUGCCGUCCAAGCCAAGCCUCCCAAACUCUAUUCGCAAUCCAAAGCACCGUCACACGGUACCGGUCUCGGUCUUGGUAUCGGUGCUCAACCAGGUGCAUCUGCAGCUGCCACCAACGUCGUCUCCAAAAAGGAGCAUCGUCUCAUCGCUGCACUUGUCAUCGUCGCUCUCAUCGUCCGCAUGCACAAGCUAGGCCAGCCUUCCAGCGUCGUCUUUGACGAGGUUCACUUUGGUGGCUUCGCUUCCAAAUACAUUCAUGGUCGCUUCUUCAUGGACGUCCAUCCUCCGCUUGCCAAGCUGCUUAUCACGUUUGCCGCCUGGCUCGGUGGCUUCAACGGCGACUUUGACUUUAAGGAUAUCGGUCGCGAGUAUCUGCACGGCAAGGAUACCCCUGUACCGUAUGUCAUGAUGCGCGGCCUCAAUGCGCUCCUCGGCGUCGCCACCGUUCCUCUCGCCUAUCUCACCCUGCGCGGCCUUUCUCUCCGAGCUUCCACGGCGACUCUCGGUGCCAUCUUUGUCCUCUUUGACAACGCGCUCACCACACAGAGUCGUCUCAUCCUGCUCGAUUCCAUCCUCGUCUUUUUCACCGCGCUCACCGUCUACUUCUGGGUCGCGUUUUGCAACGAGGAGAAGCGUUCUCCUUUCUCCACAAAGUGGUGGGCGCUUCUUUCGCUCACUGGUCUCAGCUUGGGUGCCGUCGCGAGCUCAAAGUGGGUCGGCCUGUUUACGAUUGCUACCCUCGGCAUCUCUGUCAUUGCACAGCUGUGGGAGCAUCUAGGCGACGUCCGUCAGCCGGUGCGCGUGGUUGCGCGUCACUUUUGCGCACGCGCCAUCUGCCUCAUCAGCUUGCCCAUGCUCGUCUACCUCGUGAGCUUUGGCAUCCAUCUCGGCUUGCUUUGGCGCAGCGGCGAAGGUGACCCGUUCAUGAGCAGUGCUUUCCAGCACACGCUGCACGGCCACCAAAUGCAAGACACGUAUGCAGACGUCGCGCUCGGCUCCACCGUCUCGAUCAAGCAUCUCAACACCCAGGGCGGCUACCUUCACUCGCACGUCGCCACCUACCCGGCUGGAAGUCAACAGCAGCAGAUCACGCUCUACCCGCAUUCCGACGACAACAACGACUGGCUCAUCGUCAAAGCGCCCGGUCCCGAGGACGCUGCACCCAAGUUGGACGACAAGGGCCAUCCGCUUCGACCCGAGGACGAGGUGUCGCGCUGGCAUCAGCCACCCAUUCGCUACCUCACUCACGGCAUGGAGAUUCGUCUGAUCCACAAAACCACCGACAAGCGUCUCCACAGUCACGACACCAACCGUCCUCCAGUCACCGAAAGUGACUAUCAGAACGAAGUCACCGCCUACGGCUUCGAAGGCUUUGGUGGUGAUGCCAACGACAACUUUCACGUCGAGAUUGUUGCCGGUGACAAGUCGGACCCUUAUUCGUCGACGCGUGUUCGCGCGCUCCGGACGCACUUCAGGCUGAGACACACGCUCACCGGCUGCUACCUCUUCUCGCACAAAGUGACGCUUCCCGAUUGGGGGUUCGGUCAGCAGGAGGUGACGUGUAACAAGAACCCGACCAUGCCCAACUCGCUCUGGUACGUCGAGACGAAUACGCAUCCGCUCAUCUCUCCUGAAACGCAGCCAGACUUGGUCAACUAUCGUCGGCCGAGCUUCCUGGAACGAUUUUGGGAACUUCAAAGCGUCAUGUGGGAGACCAAUGCCGGCUUGACAGACAGGCAUGCCUACGAUUCGCGUCCAGGGACAUGGCCUAUGCUCAAGCGCGGCAUCAACUUUUGGACCAAAGAUCACCGUCAGAUUUACCUGAUCGGUAAUCCGAUCGUCUGGUGGAGCGCGUUCGGCUCUGUGCUCGCCUACUUGGGCGCUAGAGGUGUGCUGAUGCUUCGAGCUCAACGCGGCUACAACGAUCUCAAGGAUAGUCGCGUGCGCUUUUACGAUCAGACGUGCGGCUUUCUCGUGCUCGGGUGGGCGUUGCACUACCUUCCGUUUUUCCUGAUGAACCGACAACUCUUCCUGCACCACUACCUGCCCGCGUUGUACUUUUCCAUCCUCCUGCUUGCCGUCGUGUUUGAUUUCGCCACCUCGACGCUUCGACGCCGCUUCCGUCUGGUGGCUGGUCUGCUCGCUACUCUGGUAGUGCUCGCCGGAUUUGUGCGGUACAGUGCGCUGACAUAUGGAUCAGAUUGGACGUUGGCAGCAUGCGAAAAGGCGAGGUGGAGGAAAGCGUGGGAUUUCAACUGUGCCGAGUUCCCGCGCGAUCUGGUCGAGUUCCAAAACUAUCCGCCCAGCGUGCAGACAUUGGAUUGGGCGAUCAACAAGAACAAGGCGCAUCCGGUUGCGGCACUAGCACUCAAUUCGACGCACGAUGCAGGCGGCGUGGCGGCGGAACCUGGACGACACGCUUUUGAUCAGGUGCCCAUCCGAGCCAUGCAAUCAUCGGCAGCCGAAGCGAUCCAGCACCUCAAAAACGGUCUGCAGCACGACUUGGAUUACGUCAAAGACAAGGUUGGACUCGGCUCAGUACAUGCGCCUAAUGUGGAUCCAGCAGGCUUGGAUCAACAACAGAUCGAGCAUGUCAUGUUGCAGGGUACCGCCGAGGUCGUCGCUGCGUCGAGUGCUACGCUGGAAGCGCCGCCGACCGAGCCUAGUCAAGAGGCCAAGUUCGACCAGCAUGCCGAUCAAGAGGCUCAUGAAGCCGCCGAUGUGGUACAAGCAGACCGACAAGUCAUUCUCAAGGACGUGUAA